CUAAAAACCACAGUUUUCCAUCUUACAUGCAGAUGUAUUUUCGCUUCUGUCUUUUCUCGGGUUGUGGAGGAGAAAAACUGCUUCUUUAAAAAUUUAUUUAACAUUAAUAUUACUCACUUGAAAAGAAGCAAACCAUCAUACAUAGUGAUUCAGAUUCAUUCUCAGAUAUACAUAUAGAGCACUAGAUUGCACUUAAUUCCUUUCCUACUGGAAUUUCCUGAACACAGUGACUAUAAAUGAAGCAGGAUAAAUCAAAUUGAGGAUAGAAUGCUCUCCAGCCAAUUUCAAGCUGAACAGAUUAGAAAUUGUUCAAGAAGUCAUCAUUUCUUUGGUUCUUGGCAAACUAGGGGUGGAGGGCUGCUAUGUCUAAUAAGAAAUUUCAGCUCCAAGAGUCAGAGCAGGAGCAAGAUAAACCUGAUAGUCCAUUUGACAUCUUCACUAAUCUAGAAAGAAAUGACUUAAGUGAUAAUCCAUCCAGGAAAGAAACUUCCAGCACACCUCUUCCUAAUUCAGAUACAACUGGAGGAGAGUCAAACAGCAAAUCCUCAAGUUAUUUUAUAGCCCUUGAUUCAUCUAUUGAAAAUCUGCAAGAAAGAGCCCAGCAAAUAAUUGAUAAGAUGAAUGAGAAGCGUAAGGAAGACCAAGUGCUCAUGAACAAUUUCCGAGAAGGUCUUUUGAUGAAGGUUUCAAGCUUGGCAGAGAAGUUGGAGGAAAGCAUGUUCCCUGUCUAUGAUCAUCAUAACAAGCUCAUUCAAGAUAAAAUCCAAGAGCUUUACCAGAUCAUGGAGAGGAUCAAACAAAUUGAAACAGAGCUCAGGAAGGUCUGUCACACUGUGGAGAUGUUAUAUAAAGACCUGUGUGAGCAGUCUGAAUUGUGAUUGCAUGGAGAGAGAAAAAGUUGGGGAACAGUGUUACAUGUCCUUUUGCAUCAUUGGUGAAUGUAAUGGAUAUAUGCUUACUUGGUACCCCAAGCCCCUGUAACCUGAGUUCUGACUGUUUUUGUUGUUCUGAAUUUGUUACUUGUUUUAAAAAUACUUUUAAAAAAUAAUGAAGGUGGGAAAAGGAAGAACGUAUUUAAACUGAAAGGAAAAAAUUGAAUCCCAGUUAUCAGGAUCAAACUAGACAUGAUCUUAUUAUAUAGCAGAUUUUUGUUAAAUAGCUAAAGUGGAAGGGUGGGGUAGCAGGAUUGGGACCACUGAAUGGCAGGAGAGUGCCUUUACUCCUUUGCCCUUGCCACAGGCCUGGCACUUUGUUCGUCAUUCUUUGCUUGUGUGUACAAGUCGAGUUAUUCAAGGGUGAAAACUCAAUAAAAUUGGAAAUAUAUUAGCAUGAAAAA